AUGAACAUUACCAUAAACGAGUGCAUUGGAAUAGGCCACGGCUGCAUCCUAACCAUCGCGCGCAGCAUCCUCAGAGUCGAGCGCGACUCUGACAAAGGUUCUUACACGUACAAGCAACUAAUACAACACGACGACUUCUCUAGCCCAGACGACUAUCACCCUAUGCGGCGGGACCAGAUCGCCAAGAUGAAGGCGCAGAGGAGACUGGGGUGA